AGCCCCACGCGGCUGUCGCGGCUGCAGGAGAAGGAGGAGCUGCGCGAGCUCAACGAUCGGCUGGCGGUGUACAUCGACAAGGUGCGCAGCCUGGAGACGGAGAACAGCGCGCUGCAGCUGCAGGUGACCGAGCGGGAGGAGGUGCGCGGCCGAGAGCUCACCGGCCUGAAGGCGCUCUACGAGACCGAGCUGGCGGAUGCGCGCCGCGCGCUGGACGACACCGCCCGCGAGCGCGCCAAGCUGCAGAUAGAGCUGGGCAAGUUCAAGGCCGAGCACGACCAGCUGCUCCUCAAUUAUGCUAAGAAAGAAUCUGACCUUAAUGGAGCCCAGAUGAAGCUUCGAGAAUAUGAAGCAGCCCUGAAUUCUAAAGAUGCGGCUCUGGCCACUGCACUUGGUGACAAGAAAAGUUUAGAGGGAGAACUGGAGGAUCUGAAGGAUCAGAUUGCCCAGUUGGAAGCCUCCUUGACUGCUGCCAAAAAACAGUUAGCUGAUGAAACUUUACUUAAAGUGGAUUUGGAGAAUCGCUGUCAGAGCCUUACUGAGGAUUUGGAGUUUCGUAAAAGCAUGUAUGAGGAGGAGAUUAACGAGACGAGAAGGAAGCAUGAAACUCGCUUGGUAGAGGUGGAUUCCGGGCGUCAGAUUGAGUACGAGUACAAGCUGGCUCAGGCCCUUCAUGAGAUGCGAGAGCAGCACGACGCCCAAGUGAAGCUGUACAAGGAGGAGCUGGAGCAGACCUACCAUGCCAAGCUCGAGAAUGCCAGGCUUUCGUCAGAGAUGAAUACGUCUUCUGUCAACAGUGCCAGGGAAGAACUGAUGGAAAGUCGAAUGCGAAUUGAGAGCCUUUCAUCUCAGCUUUCUAAUCUACAGAAAGAAUCUAGGGCGUGCCUGGAGCGGAUCCAGGAGCUGGAGGACUUGCUCGCGAAGGAAAGGGACAACUCGCGGCGCCUGCUGUCCGACAAAGAGAGAGAGAUGGCGGAGAUCCGCGACCAGAUGCAGCAGCAGCUCAACGACUACGAGCAGCUCCUGGACGUGAAGCUGGCGCUGGACAUGGAGAUCAGCGCCUACCGGAAGCUGCUGGAGGGCGAGGAGGAGCGGCUGAAGCUGUCCCCCAGCCCGUCUUCCCGGGUCACCGUCUCCCGGGCCUCCUCAAGCCGCAGUGUGCGCACCGCGCGAGGGAAGCGGAAGAGAGUGGACGUGGAGGAGUCGGAGGCGAGCAGCAGCGUGAGCAUCUCCCACUCGGCCUCGGCCACCGGCAGCGUCUGCAUCGAGGAGAUCGACGUGGACGGGAAGUUCAUCCGCUUGAGGAACUCCUCGGAGCAGGAUCAACCAAUGGGAGGCUGGGAGAUGAUCAGGAAAAUUGGAGACACAUCAGUCAGUUACAAAUAUACCUCAAGAUAUGUGCUGAAGGCGGGUCAGACUGUUACAAUAUGGGCUGCAAAUGCUGGUGUCACAGCCAGUCCUCCCACCGACCUCAUCUGGAAGAACCAGAACUCCUGGGGCACUGGCGAAGACGUGAAGGUUAUACUGAAAAAUUCUCAGGGAGAGGAGGUUGCUCAGAGAAGCACGGUCUUUAAAACAACCCUCCCCGAAGUGGAAGAGGAGGAGGAAGAAGCAGCUGAAGUUGCUGUCGAGGAGGAGCUUUUCCACCAGCAGGGAGCACCGAGAGCAUCCAAUAGAAGCUGUGCAAUUAUGUGAACUUUUCAAGCCGACUGUCUUCCUCGAAAUAAAGAAGUAUGGUAAUCCUUACCUACAUGCAGUGCAGAGCCUUCUCAGAAGCACAGAAUAUUUUUAUAUUUCCUUUAUGUGAAUUUUUAAGCUGCGAAAUGAUGGCCUUAAUUUCCUUUUUUGACACUGAAAGUUUUGUAAAAGAAAUCAUAUCCAUACACUUUGUUGCAAGAUGUGAAUUAUUGACACUGAACUAACUGUACUGUUUGGAAAGGUUCCCUCAAAUUUUUUGACAUUUUUUGUAUGUGUGUGGGUUUUUUUUUUUUGGUGGUUUUAUUUUUUUAAGUUCUUAUGAGGAGAGGAGGGGGGGUCAGUAAACCACUGUGUCUGGGCGUAAUCUGAAGAUUGCUCCAUCCAGAUCAGCAAUCUGCUCUUGAUCAUGCUCUGCUACAUAUGACGGUGCUGUGAGGGGGGGAAGUGUUUUUCAAUAUGUCGAAAUUUUGUACUGAAUUUUUUUGUAAUAAACAAUCAUGGCUACA